GUCAAGUUUGAACAAGAGGAGUAUAACAAUUACUUGUCGAUCAAAACCAAAACCCCUAAAUCCUUUUUCGGAACCCUAAAUUUUUCAAUCUCGCGAACGAGCAAUCUGUAAUGGCAACAAUCAAUUUAAGAAAGGGAAACACAAGGCUCCCACCAGAAGUAAACAGGGUCCUCUACGUACGCAACUUGCCAUUCAACAUCACUUCCGAAGAGAUGUACGAUAUUUUCGGAAAAUACGGUGCAAUUCGCCAGAUACGUAUCGGAACCAACAAGGAUACGCGAGGCACUGCCUUCGUCGUCUACGAAGAUAUCUACGAUGCCAAAACAGCAGUCGAUCAUCUUUCCGGUUUUAACGUUGCCAAUCGCUACCUCAUUGUCUUGUAUUAUCAGCAGGCCAAGAUGAGUAAGAAGUUUGAUCAAAAGAAGAAAGAAGAGGAGCUUACCAAGCUUCAGGAAAAGUAUGGUGUUACUGCCAAAGAUCUACAGUGAUUCAGUGAGUGAGUUGCUUGUUUUAUAUUCUCUCUUUUCAAUUGAAGACUGAUUAGUGUGUACGUGAAUGGAGGAGAUUGCCUUUCGUUUGAAGUUGGAUUGUAAAUUUGAAGUACAAGUUUUAAAUUUGUAUGAGCACUUGUUAUACUUUGUUUUUCUUUCAUGAUCUGAUGAUAGUUUCCUUGCACUCCGAGGUUGUCAAUGCAUUUUGGUGCAAUCAUUAGCUGAUGAAGCAAAUACUGUUCUCUUCUUUAA